AGAAUGUUAAAAAAUAUAGUGGAAAAUGGAUCUGUUUCAAGGUCUGGAGUGUUUUUUAUUUUCCUUUUUUGGUCUAUGUGACGGACCCCCCCUUUCUCUUUUUCUCUCUCUCUUUCUCUCCCUCAACUCCCUCCCUCCUCCCCCCUCCCUCUCUCUCUCUACAUCUCUGCAUUCGCCUCUUUUAGUCGUGUGGGAAGCUCAGUGAAUGCGGCUGCAGAAGGAGCCAGCAUACUUAUGCGUCUGACACGGAUACUGCUCUGUCUUUACAGGAGGGAAAACAAGCUUGCCUUCAACUCGUUAAACUCUCUUCAUUUUGCCCCAGUUGGAUAUUUUUUGGCUUCAGUGAAAUCCACAUUUCCUCACUCCAAGUUUAUUCUGAUUGCAUCUUUUGUGGACCGAUAUGGGAACGGGAGAAAGCGCGGAGUUUCCAGCGGCACCUCACUUGCACCGCAGCGGACUAAAGGCAGAAUAACUGCAUUAUUCAUUUUUACGCACCGGUUUCUGUUUUCCUGACUUGUCUCUGUCGCUCAUCAGAGUACUUUUCUGAAUAAUAUUCCUCCAGGGGAGAGGCUUCGAGAUCAGCACAGCCUUUCCUUUUAAUCUGUAUUUGAAUAACUCCGUUGGAUGGACACUGACAUAGACAUCUGCCUCUUCCUGCAAAUGCACUGACCGCUUUAGAAAUAACAGUUUUGAGACUGAAUUUCCGCGAUGGAAAAAACUGUACACGGAACCUGAUGGGAGCUUUUUGGCUGCUGCCGCCAUCUGAAGCAUUAUCCCGGUGCGCAACUUCGCCCGAAACAAACCAGCAUUUAUUCAUUGGAUGGUUGGGGGUUGCUGAGCCGAGCUGAAGCCAGACGCACAGUGUUGGCCAUCCUCUCCCCCCCCUCCUCUUUUUUAUCCUCUCCUCUGCUGACAGUCCCUCUCCAGAGUGCACCCGCAACAACGCCAAAAAUGACGGACUUCUUUCACCGCAUCACUGACCACCUUGCGCCUGUUUUCACGCCUUGGAGUCGCCGGACGCGCAGUCAAGAUCUCUAAAAGCUGUCUGCCUCUCCCUUUCUCUCUCUUUCGCUCUGCCUGCCUUUCUCGAUCUCUCUCUCUCUCUCUCUCUCUCUCCCCUUCUCUCUCUCUCUCUCUCUUUUCCAAGUCUCUCUCUCUUUCUCUCCUGCACUCCUGCAACCAAAUGAAUGCUCUCCCAUGGAGGUAGUACAACCACCUUGGGGACCGAACGACCAGAGGGGUGAUUUUUCCAAGCAAGAGGAGCCCGUCAGUAAAAGACGCAUCGGGUGAAAUCGGAGCUCCCCCCCACCCCUCUCCUUUCUCUCCAUCUCCUCCGCUCCCCCCUUCCAGUUUGCCUGGCUCAGGUUGAUAUACAGUAGCCUGCAUGGAGAUAUAGGACUGGAGAAACCUUGUUGCGCCCCUCUAACUGCUUGUGUUUGACUUCAGCUGGGAAGAGUGUUUGCGCACGUCUCCAUCCAUGUCUCACCAAUGCUGCCCCGCGUCUCCGGAGGGAGCCGCAUUCAUCACACCCUCAGCUUUGGGUUACUAAAUGGUUUUCUGGGGGAGGAUUUCUAAACGGCGAGAUGCUGCUCGUACUCCUGCUGGCAGCCUUUUCUUCUUCCAUCUCGGGCUCCCUGUCCUCCUCCCUCUCCUCCCCCUCCAUGUCGGACGGACCCCAGAUGGUAGACCCGUCCGCCUCGGACUUGAUGGCGGAGACCUGCAGCGCCUGCUCCUGCAUGUCUGUGGAAAACGUGCUGUACGUCAACUGCGAGAAGAUCACUGUCUAUCGGCCCACGCAGCUCAUCCCGCCGGCCUCGUCGCUCUACCACCUGAACUUUCAGAACAACUUCUUAAUAAUCCUCUACCCAAACUCGUUCCUCAACUUCACCCACGCUGUGUCACUGCAGCUGGGAAACAACAAACUGCAGAACAUUGAAGGUGGAGCGUUCAUGGGGAUGAGUGCUCUGAAACAGCUGCACCUGAACAAUAACGAGCUGAAGGUGCUGCGAGCAGACACUUUCCAAGGGAUAGAGAACUUGGAAUAUCUCCAGGCUGACUACAACUUGAUUAAGUAUAUUGAAAAGGGAGCAUUUAAUAAACUGCACAAACUAAAAGUGCUCAUCCUGAAUGACAAUCUCAUACAGGCUCUUCCUGACAACAUAUUUCGCUUUGCCUCUCUCACACACCUGGACAUCAGAGGGAACAGGAUCCAGAAGCUGCCGUAUCUUGGAGUUCUGGAGCACAUUGGGAGAAUUGUAGAGUUGCAGCUGGAUGACAACCCCUGGAAUUGUACCUGUGAUUUAGCACCUCUCAAGGCAUGGCUUGAAAACAUGCCGUAUAAUAUUUUCAUUGGUGAGGCUAUAUGUGAAACACCAAGUGACUUGUACGGGAGACUCUUAAAAGAAACCAACAAACAGGAGCUUUGUCCCAUGGGAACAGGAAGUGACUUUGAUGUACGGAUGCCGCCUGUAAUGCCUGAUAGCGGACAGUCACCCUCCAAAGGGUCUCCAACCACAGUGGCUCCUUUAGCCACUAAAUCUCCAAAAACCACUGACUCAUCUAAGAUUUAUGGUAACGGUAUCGUGGCUGGUUUGCCCCCCUUUGGAAGAAACAGUCAGAUUGUUUCUUUUCAGACACGGACCCCUCCAUUGAUGUGUCCACAGCCCUGCAGCUGUAAAGCCCACCCCUCUGACUUUGGCAUCAGUGUCAGCUGUCAGGAGAGGAACGUUAAGAAUUUAGGUGAUCUUAUUCCCAAACCCCCAAAUGCCAAGAAACUUCACCUGAGUGGGAAUUACAUCCGUGACAUUACUCCAGCUGAUUUUCAAGGGUUUGAAGGUUUAGAUCUGCUCCAUCUUGGUAGUAAUCAAAUUGUCACAGUCCAGAAAGGCGUGUUUUCUAACCUCACUAACCUGAGGAGACUGUAUCUGAAUGGAAACCAGCUCGAACAGCUACACCCAGAGAUGUUUUUGGGCCUCACAAAUCUGCAGUACCUAUAUUUGGAAUACAAUGCCAUCAAAGAAAUCCUAGCAGGCACAUUUGACUCCAUGCCAAACCUUCAACUUCUAUAUCUAAACAAUAACGUUCUGCGGAGUCUCCCUGCCUAUGUGUUUGCUGGUGUCUCUUUAGCGAGACUGAAUCUGAAAAACAAUCACUUCAUGACCCUACCAGUGAGCGGUGUCCUGGACCAGCUGCGAACAUUGACCCAGAUAGACCUGGAGGGGAACCCGUGGGAGUGUUCCUGCGAUCUUGUCGCCCUCAAACUCUGGCUAGAGAAGCUAAGUGAUGGAGUGGCUGCCAAAGAGGUGAAAUGUGCAUCCCCAGUGCAGUUCUCCAACAUUGAGCUGCGCCACUUGAAAAAUGAGAUCUUGUGUCCUAAACUGGUUGCGAGACCACCUUUUAUUCUCACUAGCGCCACCCCUGUUUUGACCUCAGUGUCGCCUGCUGGAGUUGGAAAAGCACCACCAGGAGGGCCUGUGCCUCUUUCUAUCAUGAUCCUCAGCAUUCUCGUAGUGCUCAUCCUCACUGUGUUCGUGGCCUUUUGCCUUCUAGUCUUUGUCCUGAGGAGGAAUAAAAAACCAGUGGGCAGGCAGGAGGGGCUUGGCAGUCAGGAGUGUGGCUCCAUGUCUUUGCAGCUCCGCAGACAUGGGCACAAAUCCGGCAAAAAAGGCGCCAUUCCAGGAGACGACCUGGGAGGCGAGACGUUCAUUCCCCAGACCAUCGAGCACAUUGGCAAGAGCCACACCUGUGGGAUCGGCCGCUCCUCAGACAUGGACGCUGGGUUCAAGUUUGCAGACUCACAGAGGCAGAAGAUUAUCCUCCGGAACAGCGCCGACAAGGAUAAAGACUCGCUUUCCACCCUAGAGCGCAACAAGCGUCUGAGCACCAUCGAUGAACUCGAGGAGUUCCUUCCUCAUCGAGAGCCCAGCAUGUUCAUCCAGAACUUCCUGGACAAAAGAGAUUUCAACAGUAUAGGGAUGGGCGGUUACGAGAUCCGCUACCCGGAGAAAACACUGGAUAAAAAGAUGAAGAAAUCAUCGCUGAUAGGUGGGAACCACAGUAAGAUCGUGGUGGAGCAGAGAAAAAGUGAGUAUUAUGAGCUCAAAGCAAAGCUCCAAGGAACACCUGAUUACCUGCAGGUGCUUGAGGAGCAGACUGCCCUGAGUAAAAUGUAGGGUUUCUAGUGUUCGAUUUAGUGCAUUGAUUACACAACACAUAUACAAGGCAGUCAGACACACGGACAGGCAAACAGACAGCCACACUCAUCUACCUUUGUUUUAUUGUUUAGUUUUUCUGUUCUUACACCAACACACGCACACACGCCAUUCCUCACCGCAAGAUCUCUUGCUUUCUGUCUUCAUUUCUCUCUGCAGCUACACACACACAUACACACACACUCCCACACACACAGCAAAAAAGUGCCUUCUGGAAACCCUUAAUGACCAAUGCAGAGACGGACAAAAUGGCUCCACAGAACAAAUGCUAUAACUAGAAUCAGCGUGGAUCUAUUUCACAGUAAAGACCCUUUCUGGAUUAUCCAUGCCACUACAUGUAUGAAUCCCACAUACAUCCCAUAGGGCACCUUUAAAAGCAACCAGACAGUCACAGUGUUUCCGCUGCUAUUGAAAAUGGUACUUAUCUUCUUAUUUUUGUUUGUUCUUCUUGUUAUUUUUUUCUCCUCCUUUUUUUUUUUCAACCAAAUCAAGGGUCUUGAAGACAGUGCUUGAGCGUUUACCUGCCCAUCUUCAGCCCUCUUUUAGAAAAAGAGGGAAAAAGAAAAAAGGAGGGCACAGUGGUUGUUGUUCUUUUGCUUUGGAAAGUGUCCAGAAUCUCUACAUCUGGGAUGAGAUUAACAGAGCUGGUGACUCAAUGGAUGCUACUUUGCUUUUUUGUAUUUUUUAAUUUUUGUUAAAACAUGCGAGGAUAUCUGUUCGUUCUUGGGGAUGCUUUCAGGAUUCCAAUGCAGACUUGAUGCCAUCUUGUCUGGAUUACACACCAGUAGCAGUGCACCUGCUCUUUGCCGGGAGGCUCUGGCUUUCCAUAGCGGUAAUUGGAAGCACUGCAAAACUCUUUUUGUGGAAUGAUUUCAUGACUUGUUCUCUUUGUGUAAAGAGCCAUGUUAAAUAUAGUGUCUUCUGAAUGGAGUUGUGUUCCUCUUCAAAAUUGCUACUUACAGUAACUGUAUGUUUUGGGUGAAAUCUAACGGCACAUACUCUGUCAGAGGACAUUGUUUCUGAAAAAUGAAAACCCAAGGAUAUCAAAAUUUACAAAGCUGCUUGCUAUGUAAGCGUAACAUGGAAUAUAUUUUGUAAGUCUUACAUUAUUUGUAUCUGUGGGACUGGUUUGUAAAUUACAAGGAAGGACAAACACCUACUCAUACACACACAUACACAUGAAUACUGUACGACGGAGCAUCAUCAUCAAGAGACUACAAGCCAGAAAUGUCAAACCGCUAAUAGAAAUCAAUCUGUGAUUCAACUCCCUUUGUCAGCUCUCAAUUCGUAGUACAAAAAAUUUAACAAACAUAGUUAAUUUAUUUUUCUAUGCAGGAUUAUUUAAAGAGUUAUUGGUAUUAUUUAAAAAGAAUAAUACACAAAGAGUGGAAAGGACUUGAUAGAAUGAUGCAUCAGAGCUUAUUCAGGCACCCAGGAGUGGCUGCUGAGUCGAUCUAAGGGUUUUCUGUGUCACUCAGUUUUCUGAAGAACUCGACCCGCUCGACGAGGGUUGUGAAAUGUGAUCUGUGAUGUUUCCUUUUUAUUGUGUCGCACGACAAAGUUGAGGCCUGAUAGAGUUUGUGAAGUUUCAAGCAGUUUCCUUAUUCUUAUAUCUCCCACAGUAUCUUGUAAAAGGUUUCUUAUUAACAUUAUGCAACCAAAAUAAAUGUGCAUUAAACUUGAUAUGGUUCCAGAAUUGCUGGGACGGGGGAGUGGAGAUGUUUGCGGGGCGAGAAAGGCUUGCUAAUUGAAGCUCUAAAUUGUUAGACUUGGGCAGAAUCAUAUCAUCAAACAUCAUGUGCAAUAUUAGUAAAAAAUGCUCAGUCAUGAUGGCUUCAAAUAAUUUUAUUUAUUUAGUUUGAGGUUAUAUUGUCAAGGCAGGUACUAUUUCAAAAUUAUUUUAUCAACCUAACUCUAUCUGGUCCUUUUUUUAAAAGUAUUGUUACGUUCAAACUAUGAGUGUUUAUUGACAUUACAACUGAAUAGAAUGUAUCUUGGAAAGUAUAAUAAAUACAAUUUUUUAUCGGUCAUAAAUCUCCUGUAUAUUGGUUAAUUUUCUCUUGUAUAAUCAUGUUGAAAUUAAGGUAUUAAAAUCAGCACCUAUUUGCACUGUGUCCCCCCAUUUCUUUUAGCUAACGUCCUCUCAGCUUCUGAACGGUGCUUUAAAAAGAAGAAGACACAGUUCUUACUCUGAAACUGCCAAGUCCUUCAUACCCUGCUUUUGAGUCCCUCACAGAAUGAGUUUGGUUGUCUGACAGCCUGGUUUUGGACAGUCUCCAUCUCGAGUGACAGAAUGUUGUACUUGUUUUGUACAUAUUCAAACACGGGCUGCCCUUCAAGCAUUAUAUGUGUUUGCUUAGCUGCUUAGUUUGAGGAAACUGGCCGUGCAAACUGCUGCAUGUUUCACUUAAGACCAUGGAGCCCCCCUUUUUUUGGACUUGUCACAGACUUAUGAGGAAUCUUUGGUGUUCCAGGAAUACAGUUUUAACUCUGUUUUUCUCUAAAAUGCUAAUCCUUGCAAAAUUUUAGCCCAAAAUGGAACAAAUGAAUCUUAAAAUGUGCCAUUUGAUGGUUGAAAUAUCAUUAUGUUGUUCUGAAAAAAGUCACAGUUAGCUUUCAAGGAUGUAUCAUUCGAAAAUUAUCUCUUAUAAUCAAGUCGUGUCAUUUACAUGUUAAAGCCUUUUCUUUUCCUGUCUUUUUUGGGGUCUUUCCUGGACACACACCUCACUUUUGUUCUUUCUUUGUAAGCUUCUGAAUCAUCUUUGGCUCUGAUCUCCAGCAGGUAUCAUUGCCCCUCACUGUUUUUAGGACCCUAUCAAACAUUCAUACCCGUUCCAUUUUUAGGGUUAAAAAUUCAGAUUUCCCUUUCUCUGUGUUAAUCCAACCUAUUGGGGCUUUUGGGAAACCAAGUAGCAGAAAGUAUGACUCAUCCAGACGCCUGAGAAUUGUCCUCGUUAAUUAUUAAUACCCUUGGCAGUUAUGAACUAAAAAAAGGGAUGUGAUGUGGGGGGGUUUGAAUCUGAUAUGUCCACCCCUUCCAAACUCUCCCUCUCUGUUUGCUGCUCUGUCUCUUUCCUCUCACACGUUUCCAGUCCUGUCGUACUUUAAUACAGCACAGACAUCAUUUGGAUACUUAAAUAAAGGACUCAAAUUGGCAGCAAAAGGGGCUUUUUCAGCCCAGCGUUUUGCUGCAGUGACUUGGCUCCCAUGCAGGGUUUGUUCCUGGAAGCUCCAGGGGUCCUUGAGGGGCUACAAUGGCAUAGCUACAGAUCAUAGGAAUAGUUUAUUUUCACUUUAAUGUAACUCACUAGACACUGGUAUAAUGAAAAAUGUACAAGGAGCCUGAUGGUUGUUUUCUCCCUCUCCUCCGUGCGGUUCUUAUCUCACCUGCUGUAGAGACACUUAUCCAAAUCUGUGCUGACUCCAAACUGUAAAAUCAUCUUAUCUGAUGGGGUUUCUGCUGUAAUUCACAUCCAUGUUGUGUGAAACUGAAGGGGAAACUGUUUGGGAAGCCCUGCUGGUUCAGAAGAGAAGCAUGCAUGAAUUAUAUAAUUGGCCACUAGGGGUGCUGUGAGCUAAGAGCACAGCACAGUGUAAAGUGGUGUAACUGGGCUGCAGGAGGAUUACUGUUAUUUGAAGGCUUUUAGUUC